GCCCAGGCCAGCCCCAAGCCAUACCCAUUUUCACAGUCGACCAGUUUUCUCACCAUCUUAAUUCGGGUUGAGAGAGAAAACCCCAAUUCAAUUAGCUUGGGCGUUGAUUGUGAUGUGUGUGGCGAUGACAAGCGUUGAGACAGCAAGAAGCGACCCUGUGAUCAAAUCGACGUUCAAGAGGUGGGGCAGGAGGCACCCGUUUAUCAGAUACGGACUUCCGAUGAUCUCGCUCACCGUGGUCGGUGCAAUCGGACUGGGUCAUAUGAUACAAGGAGGCAAGGACGUUGCGAAGGUGAAAGACGAUCAGGAAUGGGAGAUAAUUGAGACAAGAAAAGCACUUUCGAGAACAGGGCCGGUGGACGCCUACAACCCAAAAAAGACAUCGCUCGAGGAAGAGCUCAAGGCUUUGCAAGAGAAGGUGGACAUAAACAACUACGACUACAAGAAAAUCCCGCGUCCAAAUGAAGGCAAAUCAGCCUAAAGGCCGAGUCUUUAAGUCUUGUGCAAUUUCUCUGUGUUGUUGUGUGGCAUUUGAGCUUAUGCCAUUAUGUAAUUUUUGUAGGUUUUGUAAUGACUGGCUAACUCUGUUUAUUUGUUGGGUUUAAUCUGGUUUAAGGGAAUUUACGUUUUGAUUAAUAAAAAAUUAGCACCAUGUUUGAUGUUUGUCUUG